CAACAAAAAAUGAGAAAAUCUGCCAGUCGUCGUAAAAAUUUUGUACGUAAUUGAUCAGUUUCAUUUUUUCUGAAAACUUCAAAUAACACGAUUGUUUUCAAAACAUACCAUUGUCACAUAUUUAGUGCAACUUCAUAGUUAAACAGUCGAAAUCAGUGGACAAUAAAUACAGAGCAUUGUUCAAAAUGGAUUUUGGAACUUUGUUGCAUGUGGCGAAAAAAAAUAGUGAAAAUUCUAAAACUGAGGGUAAAUAUUACACCACUAAAUUUGCUCCUCCAAAAAAAGAGUCAAAGGAAAAAAAACUAUCUGCAAACAUACAAAAAUUUCUCCAAAAACGUGAGCAGCAGGAACGAGAACGUGAAAAGGAGAAGCAACAAAAAUUGGCGAAUUUGCUUGCAAUGCGCGAUGAAAAGUCCAAAAAUAAAAUUAGGAAAAUGCUUAAAGUUACAAAAUCUGCCAAUAAAUCUGUAUUAGAUGAUGCAGUCAACAACGACCACACAGCUGUUACGAUGACAGGUCCGGAUCAACCCGAUCAGGACGAUUACGGUUAUGUUUCGACUGAGGCAAACGCUUUUUAUGCUAAAUACAUUGAAAAAGUAAAAGAUGUUAAAGAAGACAAAGGGUUUGCACCAAGUAGACCGCAAUCUCUCAAAGAUCUUUCAGGAACAAAGGAGCGCGUGAAAGCUGCCAUUACGCGUGAAAUUGAAGAAAAGAGGGGUCACAAAGGGCAACGAAUAUCUACUAGCAGCACUAGUUUAAAUAGCAGUAGUAAAGAGCCAAGCAUAGUACGUUCAAGUUCAUCCAAACCACUUUAUGACCCCGAAAACGAACGACGUGAAGAAGAGCGGAAGAAACGUGAAGAGGAACAACAACGUAAAAAAAAUCGGAAACCACCACCACCUCCUAUGGACUUUCAAGCUUUACUUAAGUUAGCUGAGGUAAAACAACAUGAACCUGUUGAGGUAUUGCCAGUUGUGAAGAAAAAAGAACCGGAGCGUUUGUUGACUCUAAAGGAGAAAAAAGAACUAGAGGAGCGACAACGUGCAAAGGAAGCGCGUGAACGCAGAAACCGUGAACGGGAAAAAGAGCGUACUAGUGGUUCAAGCAACACAAAGGAACGACGAGAUAAUGGCAACAGUGGAUCAACAUCCAGUGUACCGGCGCGUAUGGAACCGAAUGGUCGUAUACCUAAGUUAAGUCAAACAACCAAAUCAAAUUCAGCAACUACCGCACAAUUACCAAGUACCAAAUCUGUCAUUACAUCCGCUAAAAGUUCGACUGCCAUUAGCGGGCCAAAUUGUAUGAAGAAGUCAUCUUCUUCGGCUUUAACUUCAUCAUCGUCACAAAAAGAAGCUGGGAAUUCGCGUGAGAGAUGCUCAUCAUCAUUAGCUGUGCCACCCGCAUCAACAAAUGCCAAACAAUCGUCUUCCGUUACAAAUAAAUCAGUGGCAUCUUCCUCAAUAAAUUCAAAAUCGGCAUCAUCGUCCAGUGCCUUAGUCAGCAGCAGCAGCGCUAAAAAUUCUCAUGGUAGUUCCUCAAGUAAAAAUCCGUAUACCGGCGCACCUCGCGAAUUUCCACCACGUGAUAUGAAAUCGGCGAAACCGCGACAGUUCCCUCCACCUGAUGUGCAAAAGAUAAGGCAGUUUCCCCCGCCAGAUGUGCAAAGGACACGACAGUUUCCACCACUAGAUGUGCACCGAAGUCGUGUGAAAGAUACCAAGAAGCCCCAAUCAAAUAAAAGACUGCGUAUAGAGGAUGAUGAUUCUGAAUACGAUUCGGAAAUGGACGAUUUCAUUGACGAUGGGGACGAAGAAGAAGAUUACUCAUCACACAUACGGGCUAUCUUUGGCUAUGAUAAAAAAAAGUAUCGUGAUAUGGAUGACGAAGAUGAUGCCGCAAUGGAAUCAAAUUUUGCUCAAGUACAACGCGAGGAGUAUAUUAGUAAGAAGAUUGGCAUACAAGAGGACUUGGAAGACAUGAAAUUGGAGGCAAUAGAAAAGCGGCGUAAAAUGUUGGCUAAAAAACGAAAAGUCUAAUUAAAUGCUUGUGAAUGCUGGAGUACACAUUUGUUGAUCUUUACGUGAAUUUGAUUUAAAUUACUUUUGAUUGGUUGUUUUAAACUUUAUGUCAGCCUACUAACUUUGUUACACAUUUUAUUUGUUUUCAGUGCGAAUCGCAUUAAUUUUGCUUAGCAUAUUUUAGCCGCAAUAUUUUUAUAUCUACCUAUUGUACAUAAAUAUACAUAUGUAAGUUACCCAUAAAAAGUAUAUUUGAAAAGUAUGCAGUACAUACAUAUAUACAUAAUGGAAAGUGAGAAAAUAAAAGUACUCGAAAAUGA